AGUGUCCCCGUUGCAAUAUCCUGUUCCUUUGUAGUUCCACAACACACAUGUAUCUCCGCGGUAACUUUAACGUAGCUCUCUGAACACUUUGCUGACAUGAGCGCUGAUAACUGUGGUGGAAAUGUGUGUGUGCCUCUGCGGAAUCUACUGAACUCAAUCCAGUGUGUUAGGGAUCGAGUCAGAGAGGGAGAGUCCAAUGAGUCAGAUGGAGCGUUCAACCUCUCCAACUUCUGGGACACUCUGAACCAGGCAGUGAAGGCCGUGUCCCAGGAAGCCACUAAACUCAGCCUGGUGUUCUCAAAACCUCCGCUGCCGUCACAACAGGAUGGAGAAAAGUUAGCAGAUUCCAUCCUCAAGAGUGUCCUGACUUUGUCUACAGUGUAUUACUGGCUACCAAAGAGCCAAGGUGUCAGUCUGCGGCGACAGGUCAGAGACGCCACAGUCGAGGUUCUGGAGGGAGUCGCCCAGCUGGUGGAGGUCAUCCUGAGCUCACCGCUGCAGAGUCUGACCCAGGAACAGUUGACCUCAACAGGAGGUGUGUGGGCAGCCUGCGACCAGUUUGCCCAGUUGCCCCAAGAUAACAAGGCAGCAGUGCUGGUGGUUCUGUCCUCUCAGAUUGGUGUUGUAAAAGAUGCCAUACAGGAAAUAGAACAGGCGUUAGCCGAUGAACACGACCCAUUCAGUGACGUCCUCGAUGAUGACGAGGAAGGACAGGAGCCUCGAGGCAACCAAGACACUUACUGGUCUGAGAAGGACCGGCGCGUGAUUGGCCCGUGCCAGGGGCUGAUGAAAGCGUCCGCAGCUUGCCUGAGGAAGCUGACGUCAGCCGUCAAAGCCAAUGGUGACGUCGCCACACCACAGAACCUGGCUCAGCUCGACGACUUAGCCGACGUCACCAUGGAAAUCAGCCCUGGUGUUGAUGAUCUGGCUCUUUGUCUCUACCCGCCCAUGGACUACAGCGGAGUGGAGAGCAACGUGUCUAAAUUGGCAGCUCAGUUGAAGAAGGUUCUGGGGAUCAUCAGGUCCAGUCACGUUUGUGGGGAAUCACAGCUGACCUGGGUUCAGUUCUUAGAUGGAGCCGUAGAUCACAACCUGCAAAAAGCCAAAGAACUAAUUCACCAAGACAGCUAGUGUUUCUGUGGGGAUAAAUUACACACAGGGUGUUUUGUGGAUUUGUGUGCCACUUUGUUGAAAGAAGUGUGUGUGUGUGUGUGUGUGUGUGUGUGUGUGUGUGUGUGUGUGUGCGUGCGCGCGUGCGUGUGUGGGUGGGUGUGUAUUAAAACAAAGUAUCUGUGUUCUGACAUGAACGCCUCUGUGGAAAGAAGCUCCCUUACAUCAUGCUUCGUACCUCUGCAUAGUUACUCUACGUUUGGCUGUUUGGCAGAUGCACACACAAGCUGCUCCAGGAACAGAAACCAGCUGGGUUAAUUAAAAUACCAAGCAAACCUCUUUAAUUGUUUUGAACUGUUGGCUGUCAAAGACCAGGAAAAACAGAACAGACGCAUAGUGAAGUUUCGCACUUUUCUUUUAUCUCCUGCCUGAAAAUUUCCCACAAAGAGAAGUUCAGCUACACUUGGCAAAUAUUAAAAUAAAAAUAUAAAGGUGUA